AUGGCUCAGUUAGCAAACUUAAACGGAAUCUCUGAAACACUGCCAGUUCUAUCAAGGCUUACAAGCCUUCAAAGAACCCAAAAGCGAGCUAGCAUUGUUGGAUGUUUAGGCAAGAAAAAAGAUGCUGUUCCAGAAGCACUACAAACAACAAGAAGGCUAGCAUUAGGCCUUGCCUCUAUUGCACUUGUUGGGAACUCCUCAAGCGGAGCGGCCCUUGCCGAAGGCAGCAACGGGUUCUGGAUUGAUGGCCUUCUGCCAGUUCCUUCUGCUGAUAACAAAAUUGCAAAUGAGGAGACGGGGACGCGUUCAUUUCUAAAGAAUCAUCUCUAUAUGGCGGACAUUGGAACCAAAGGGAGAAAGUAUAGGCUGAAGAAGUAUGCCUUUGAUCUCCUGGCUAUGGCGGAUUUGAUUGCACAAGAUAAACUAAACUAUGUACAAAAGUAUCUGCGACUUAAAUCCACAUUCAUGUACUUUGAUUUCGACAAAGUUAUCACUGCAGCAUCAGACGAUGAGAAACAACCACUCACUGACCUUGCUAACAGAUUGUUCAAUACAGUCGAAAAGCUUGAUGGUGCUGUGAGGCAAAGGAACCUGUCCCAGACUGAAACAUAUUAUCAAGAUACAACAGUUAUUCUCCAAGAGGUCAUGGCUCGAAUGGCAUGAAUCACUGUCUGUUCAGUUGAUAAAAGCAUUCACA